ACCCUAUAAUCAAGUUCUCUUCCCAGCACCAAUAUUGCGACUUAACCCUGAUUAAUAUCAUUUGCUGUAAAAAAAAGCAGUACUACGUACGCACGCAGCAUAUUAGAGAAGAAGUCAUCAUGAAACCCGUUACAGCUUUUUUCUUGCUCUCCGCCCUGAUCUUUGCCUUCGUGCCGCACCAAAUUGCUGCGGAUAUGAAUCUACCCAAAACCAACGAUCUCAUAGAACGUGCCUGCAACCGCUCAACUCACAAGGAUUUUUGUGUUAAUACCCUAAACUCACAUUCAAAAAGCAAAGAUGCCGACCUGAGCGGCUUAGCUUCCAUUGCAGUCACGCUCGCUUACCAAAACGCCACCAACAUAUUGGAUGAACUGCAUUUAUUGGGCAACAAUACCACGGGCGCAGAGCCUUCCAUCCAGCAGGGCGUAGAAGAAUGCAAGGAUUAUUACUUGGAUGCGGCGGAGCAGCUCGAGAACUCCAUUUCUGCUCUCUCGCAGAAGGCCUACCACGACGCGAACACCUGGCUUAAGGUAGCGGUGACUGAUGCCGAUUCAUGCGAGGCUGCAUUCCAAGGACAGAAGUCUGAGAUGUCACACAAGAAUAGGCUUUUUCGCCAGUUAGCCAACAAUGCCCUGACCGUCGUUAAAGUCUUGGUUGACAAUUAGUGAGUAAUAAUAAUAUUAUUGCAGUACGCAUGCAUGUGGUGUCUUAAUUUGGAGUUUGGACCUAAUUCAAUUACUCAAAUCUUAAAUUUCUUUAGCAUUAUAUAUAAUUUCUAUGCAUAGCUGAUCAGAAAAUGUGUCAAAUUAAGUCUGAUUGAUUAAGGCAUUCGGAGAUCUUAUUCAUGUGCAUUUACGUACGGCUAAUAUAUAUAAAUAUGGAGAGGUGAGUAAUCUUCUAAGGAUCAAGAGAAAUGCUUAAGAAGUUUAGCUAUUAUUAUGGUUUGAAGUUGUAACGGGAAUUUUAAUGUCCUUUUUCUUGUUUUGUAACUCAGACGUGGCUCGAUCAAUGUCUGUCUUUUAUGCAAAAGAAAAAUGAAAAAAAAAAAAAGAGAGGAUAAUAUACGAAUUUCGUCAGUUUUCUUGCAUUUUUCUAUUUAUGCAUGGUCUCUUGUGCAGCCAAUAUACGAACUGGAUAAUCCAUUAUUUUAGCCAAGUUAAUGGCUGGGUAGCUGAAUUUGA